UCUUGCAUACGUAUUUCAAAUGUAUGGAAAGUUCAGACGCAGAAAAGGUGUUUGAGGAAUUGCGUGUGCGAAAUGUAGUAUCCUGGAACAUUUCGAUUCGUGGUAUAUUUGACUCUGUGAAGCUGGGAUUGGAUUUGGAUUGCUUUGUUGGCAGUGCUCUUGUUGAUUUCUAUGCAAAACGUGGCUUAGUUCAGAAUGCAAGGUUGGUUUUUAGUUGUGUUCGGUUUAAAGAUUUGGUUAUGUGGAAUGUGAUGAUCUCAUGCUACACUUUGAAUUGUUUACCCCUGAAGGCAUGGGCCAUUUUCAACUUGAUGCGAUUGGAAGGCGUAAAAGGCGACGAGUUCACAUAUAGUAGUCUUAUAAGUUCAUGUGUCGCUUCUGAUUGUUAUGACUCUGGAAGGCAGAUUCACAGUCUUAUCCUUAAACAGUCAUUUGAUUCUGAUGUUUCAGUGGCUACCGCUCUGAUCAACAUCUAUGCCAAACAUGAAAACAUAACCGAUGCUCUACGUGUUUUCGACAAGAUGGUAAUUCGAAGUGUGGUGUCUUGGAACACCUUGAUUGUUGGGUGUGGACAGUGUGGACAUGGGAAUGAAGUCAUGGAGAUUCUUAGAAAUAUGCUAAGGGAAGAAACUCACCCUGAUGACUUGACUCUUUCCAGCACCAUUAGUUCAUGUGGGUAUGCCUCUUCUAUUACUGAAACCAGGCAAGCUCAUGCUCUUACAAUCAAAUCAGGACUUGAGGAAUCUAUAUCUGUAAGCAAUUCUUUGUUAACCGCAUACUCCAAGUGUGGCACUAUUGCUUGUGCAUAUAAAUGUUUCAGGUCCAUCCUACAACCUGAUGUUAUCUCAUGGACUUCAAUGAUAAAUGCAUAUGCCUUUCAUGGUCUUGCCCAAAAAGCAAAUGAGACAUUUGAGAAGAUGUUAUCUUGUGCCAUAAAACCAGACAAAAUAUCAUUUCUUGGUGUUCUCUCUGCUUGUGUUCAUUCUGGGCUAGUAAUCAAGGGCCUUUAUUACUUAAAACUAAUGACGAAGGUGUAUCAGAUUGAGCCGGAAACAGAGCACUAUGCCUGCAUAGUGGACCUUCUCGGACGAUGUGGGUAUAUAUAUGAGGCCUUUGAGUUCUUAAGGUCUAUGCCAAUUGAACCAGAGGGAAACACAUUAGGAGCUUUUAUUGGAUCUUGCAAAGUACAUGAACAGAUAGUUCUGGCUAGGUGGGCUGCACAGAAGCUGUUGAUGAUAGAGCCAAAGAAGAGUGUGAAUUACACUGUGAUGUCCAAUAUUUAUGCUUGUUACAAGCGUUGGUGUGAAGUGGAAAGAUUGCGCAGAAAGAUGGAGGAAAGGUGCAGUUCAAAGGUCAGAGGUUGUAGCUGGAUAGAGAUUGGUAAUGAGAUUAGUUUCUUUGUGUCUUGUGAUAGAUCCCACCCUGAAGCUCUAGAAGUGCAUGCUACGUUAGCAAUGUUGAUAAGUACAAUGAAAGAAGAUGGCGUUUGGAUUGUAUAA